CGCAGUUGCACGUCUCGUAAGCCUAGUUGUCGUCGAGCGUUUUGUAAACCGUUGAUCCUCUAUGUCACAAGUGAAAAGUCUUUUAAGCUUUCUGGGCGAGACUCAAAGUUGUAGCGUAGCUGUUUGACUGAAUAGGGUAGAAAGCGAUGAAGAAGUCAAUCAUUUCGUCGAGCAUGGUGGUUCAUGAUGAGGACAGCAGGAAAACCUGUAACAACUGCGGCGAUUUGUGUCCAGGAUUUUCUGCGCAUUUAUGGCGGAAAAUUUGUCAGCACUGCAGGUGUCCAAGAGAGGAUCACAAUAUUAUUGAAGAUGAUGCCAGGGAAGGCUGCAGUGUAUAUUUAGGAGAUGCCAACUAUUCUGGCUUUCCUAGCGAUGAUGACAGCGGUUGUGCAUUAGAUGAAUAUGCAUGGAUUCCUCCUGGACUUAAUGCUGAGCAGGUGCACGCCUAUAUGAGUUCCCUUCCAGAAGAAAAGGUUCCAUACAUAGACAGCAUUGGUGAAAGGCACCGCAACAAGCAAAUCAUUGUUCAACUUCCACCAUAUGAUAGUGAGGCAAGAUUCUGUAAUGGCCUGACAGAUGAAGAGAAAAAAGAGCUACGAAUCUUUGUGGCACUGAGAAAAAGAGAUGCUUUAGACCGAGGAGUGGUGAAGCAGAUUCCAGAUGUCUCUGAAGGCUACAGUUGUAGAGAGUGUGGUGACCGUGUCUGCCCAGGAUCCAUGGCAGUUUUUGCUCCAAGAGCAGGUCAGAACACAAGUUGGCAUGCUUCUUGCUUUGUUUGUUGUGUCUGCAAAGAGCUUUUGGUGGAUUUGAUCUACUGCUACAAGGAUGGAAGGAUUUUCUGCGGAAGACACCACGCAGAAACAUUGAGGCCCAGAUGUGCAGCAUGUGAUGAGGUGCACGCCUAUAUGAGUUCCCUUCCAGAAGAAAAGGUUCCAUACAUAGACAGCAUUGGUGAAAGGCACCGCAACAAGCAAAUCAUUGUUCAACUUCCACCAUAUGAUAGUGAGGCAAGAUUCUGUAAUGGCCUGACAGAUGAAGAGAAAAAAGAGCUACGAAUCUUUGUGGCACUGAGAAAAAGAGAUGCUUUAGACCGAGGAGUGGUGAAGCAGAUUCCAGAUGUCUCUGAAGGCUACAGUUGUAGAGAGUGUGGUGACCGUGUCUGCCCAGGAUCCAUGGCAGUUUUUGCUCCAAGAGCAGGUCAGAACACAAGUUGGCAUGCUUCUUGCUUUGUUUGUUGUGUCUGCAAAGAGCUUUUGGUGGAUUUGAUCUACUGCUACAAGGAUGGAAGGAUUUUCUGCGGAAGACACCACGCAGAAACAUUGAGGCCCAGAUGUGCAGCAUGUGAUGAGAUUAUUUUUGCUGAGCAGUGUACAGAAGCUGAAGACCGAUGCUGGCAUGUGAGCCAUUUUUGUUGUUUUGAAUGUGACUGUCCCCUUGGGGGUAUGCGUUAUAUAAUGAAGGAUGGAAAUCCAUUCUGCUGUCACUGUUUUAAGUCAAUGUAUGCUGAGUUUUGUGAUGCUUGUGGUGAGCCAAUUGACCCAGAUGCAAGUCAAAUGGAGCACAAUGGACAGCACUGGCAUGCCACAGACAAUUGUUACUGUUGUUACAAUUGCCGCAAACCACUUCUUGGACAGCCAUUUCUACCAAAGAAUGGAGAGAUUUAUUGUUCUCCAGAGUGCAGCCGUGGUGUGCCUACUGUUUACCAAGGACAUGAACAUUUUGCUCCUAUACAAUCAGGCUUUAACACAAAACAAUACAGUGCUCACGAGUCAUGCACUUCUGAUCUUGGAACCCUGGAGUCAGACUAUGUGGCCUCCAGCACUCCAUCUGCCUCUGGCAGGUUGAGUGUUCCAUAUGAGCCAAGUAUUGACGGUGACAGUGUUGGCCAGUAUUCAGGAAUUUUGUCCAAUCGCAGGGCUGGAAACUUGGGAAGACAAUGCCAUGAAGAUGCUUCUGUUGGAAUUGGAGGAUUAUCUAGCACCAUGUUUGGUCUCAUUGAAUCUUCAGGAUAUUCAACUGAUGUAUUUGACAGUGUAAGUGUACAAGGAGGCAACUAUGGCAGCUUUGAUUUUGACAAUGACCGAUUCCAUAAAGGUCAGAAUUUCCAGGAGGUCUCGAGGGCUAGACAAGUACCUGAUAACUUAGAGAGAGCUUACCAAGUUGAAAUAUAUGACAAUAGAAGCACUUCUGACUUCAUACGAGCAACUCCUGUGGAUGUUGAGUCUGCCAAAGACAGUAACUACGGUACUAUUGAGAGCAGGGAUAGUAACUAUGGAACAGAGAUCUCUUCAGCCAGUCAAGAUUUAAACAAGGCUAUUAAGCAUGUGAAAGUAAAGCAAAGGGUUAAGGAGAGGCAUGCCUCUGGAUAUGCGUCAGACCACUGCUCAAGGACAUCCAGAAAUUCAGGUUAUCGAACAAAAGCAAGGCAAAUAAAGUAUUAUGAUUUUUCAGAUAUUGAUGACUUUGGUAAAAAAUGUUACUUCAGUGAAGGAGAAAACCCAAGGCCAUUGUCAAGAUCUUUGGAGAGUUUGACAUGGAGGCCAAACUCUGUGCCCCCUCCACGACACAGUCACAUGAGAACUUCUUCGGGUACGUAUGUGUCAGCAAGGAAGGAGCAUAUGAUUAAUAGGAAGGGCUCUACCCCAAAGGAGCCAAGUAAGUCACGUAAUGGACACACUCAAACAAAAUCAAAAUCAUCUCAGCUACCUUGGGAAGAUCCUUUUGCCAAUCCAGUGGAUAAGAGUAAGUCAAAGCCUGUUAGACGUCCAAGAAUCGCUUACACAGAGGAUGGGUUCUGUGAAAAACCUGCACCACAGAUUGUGAACACAGCUGAUGCAACCAAGAAAAGGAAAAACAAACACAAAAAUUGCUUGGUACAGUGACUUGUCAAAUUUUGGUAGCAAAUGCACAUGACCACUUCAAUGUGACCAUUUGAUUUUGACUUUCAUGCAUGCAUGAAAUCCAUGCAUUGUGUAUGUUUGAAAAUAAUGUUGGACUGCAUGUACUAAUAUAGUCAAAUGUGAGCUGUUGUUAUAAUGGUUGCCACAAUAGAUACAUACAUGUGGCUUGUAUAUUGUAGUUGUUUGGUUUGUUCCAAGUUUUUGUUAUUGCUUGAAUCAAAGAGACAUAUUAAGACACUUUAUUGGAAUUUGGCUUUCCUGCAGUUUUUAACAUUCCCUGUGUGUCAGGAUCAGUAUAUUUUUGACAUGUUAAAAAGACAAGUUUUGUUUACUGAAAAGGUGGAUAUUGAUCAAGUAUGAUGUCAAUGAGCCAAAAGAAUGUUGCAUGCUUUACUCACUCACUCAUCCUCAUCGGGCCCAUGACGACUCUUGCUGCAUGCUUUGGUGUUAUCUAAAUUCAUUACCUCAGAAAAUUCAUAAAUUCUCAAAUGGGCCUGUUAGAUACCAUGAAAGCCAGAAUGCAAUAAAAGUGCACAGCCAUUUUGUUUUUACAAUUUUAUGGGGUUAUAAUUUAGUAAAAAAAAGUAGUAAUCAGGGUUGAGAAUGGAAAUUUUUUGUUAACUACAAUAAUAUUAUUAUUGAUGAUAUCCUUAAAAAUCAAUAUAAUAGAAGUGCUCUAGUUAAAUUUCCUUAUUUCAUUUCAUGAAAUCAGUUGACAAAGUAAGUCAGUAAUAUAUGACAAUUUGCAAAGAAUUAUAUAUUAUCAUUUGAUACUGUGCCAAUAAACACAAUAUCAGCCACACAAAUUUGAAAUGAUGUUGGUUAGACGAAUGUUUGUAAUCAACUGUGAACUCAGUGUACACAUUUGAGCUGCUAGUGUAAACAUGUUUGCAUUACAAAGAAAACAUACUGUUACCAUCUAAAAUCCAUUUUUAACACCAUAUAUUUGCCUUUUGGAUAUUUUAGUUAUAGUCCUUUCCUGUAUUGCCUAAAACACUUUAACUGCAGUGCAAACAAAGACUUUGUUUCAGAGUUAAGUGACAUGAAUGAAAUAAAAUACCAGUAGCCAACAUAAUGUAUCAUGUACUUAGUUGAAAUAAAUGACUAUGAUAAGUGAAUAUUCAUGGAUAAGCCAGAGUUUUUGACACUUGUUUGCUACCUUCAAUGGUCAAGUAUUCUUUUUAUUUAUUGCACUCUCAUUGGCUGAAGUUAGAAAUAUUACUUUUUAGCUCCGGUAUACCUCAAAAUUCUCAUUAUUUUUUUAGCGAAAGUUUUUGUUUAUAAGGACUUGGAAACUCAAUGUAACAUUAAACUUGUGCAAGAAAGAUAGAUCACUUUUCUUAAACAAAGACAAGGUUUAGCAUCAAGCAAGAUUCUUAGAUCCAUGCAUUUUUCUCUGUAACAUCCACAAGUCAUUUCUUACCUUAACUAUUUAAAUUUGUUGUGUUCUGUUUCGGUUUCUGUUCCCUACACAAUCAUAUCUAUAGAUGACGGCAAAAGUUGUUUUAAUUCUCACAUUUUGACAUGUACCGGUAUGCGGUAAGCAAUUAGUAGCAACUAAGGUUUCUUUUGUGAAAUAGUUUUUUUUUCCCUUAAAGCAAGACAAAAAUGGUUUCUACAUAUCACUCCAUAUUUGCAUAUAGCAACAUUGUAUAAUAUUCGUGCAAAGCAAGAAGUGAGAUAUUGACUAUUUCUGCUUUUGGUAUGAUCUCUCGUAUUAAUAGAUGAGUGCUCCUUUGCUCCUGUUCUGGUAGUAAUUUGUUUUUGUCUUAUUCUGUAAAGUUUAUUAUGUAGUAAGACAAUAUUUGCCACAACUUAGAUAAGAUUUUGUGACUACAGUUAAAAUGCUGUGUUGGUUUAUCCAUUGUGAAUGCAUCAUUACUGCAUAACUCUUGUUAUGGUUGGUCACAGUUACACUAUUUUAAAUUAAUAUAUAAUAAUUAUUUGAGAAUAUUGGAAUUUUCAACUUUUAAGUUAUGUUAGUGGUUAAUGAAAAGUUUUCAUAAAUUGUUGCUGGUUUCAGAAUAAACCCUUCAGAUUCAAUGUCA